GGCGAGAUCUCGAUACGGAGAUAGAUCCCAACAAUGGCUCCAGUUUCAGCUCUGGCCAAGUACAAGCUAGUAUUCUUGGGCGAUCAGUCUGUGGGCAAAACUAGUAUCAUCACUCGCUUUAUGUACGACAAAUUCGACAACACCUAUCAGGCGACUAUUGGUAUCGAUUUUCUAUCAAAGACGAUGUACCUUGAAGAUCGAACUGUUAGAUUGCAGCUUUGGGACACUGCUGGACAGGAAAGGUUCAGAAGCCUCAUUCCAAGCUAUAUUAGGGAUUCCUCAGUGGCAGUUAUUGUUUAUGAUGUUGCAAGCAGGCAGUCAUUCCUGAACACUUCUAAGUGGAUUGAAGAGGUUCGCACUGAGCGGGGCAGUGAUGUUAUCAUUGUACUAGUUGGGAAUAAAACAGACCUUGUAGACAAAAGGCAAGUUUCAAUAGAGGAAGGAGAAGCCAAAGCUCGAGAUCUCAAUGUCAUUUUUAUUGAAACUAGUGCAAAGGCUGGCUUCAAUAUAAAGGCACUGUUUCGGAAGAUUGCAGCAGCCUUACCAGGAAUGGAAACACUUUCUUCAACUAAGCAAGAGGACAUGGUGGAUGUAAAUCUGAAGUCUUCCAACGCUAAUCAAUCAGUGCCUCAGCAACAGUCUGGAGGAUGUGCCUGUUGAUACACAAAAUUGAGAUCUAAGCUUUGGCAUUUUGGCAUUUUCAUCGCAUCCUUUUGUGAUCCUAAACAUGUAAAGUUUGUGUCAUCCCCCUUGUAGCAUAUGGUAUUUGACUGUUGUUUGUUUGUUGAGAGGUUUAACUUGUCAGGAGGAAACUAUAUAGUAGUUAAGGCUAGUCCUAACCUUGUCUUGUACGUGUGGUUCACAAGGAACUCGAGUUAAGAAUUGUGGAAAAUCUUCUGUUAGUAUAUAGUUUGUUUCAUAAUUGAAAAAUGUUUCUGC